CGGCGGCUGGGCCGGAGAGGGCGGGCGGGGUCACCGGGGCCCACCGGCGAGGGAGGGAAGGAGGCGGGGGCUCGGCCCCCGGCGAGCCCGCGGGGGUGACGGGCCGCCCGCCCGCACGGGUCUUGUGUGUUGCAGACGCGGAUGCAGAGCCUGCGGCCGGAGCCCGCCGCCCGCUACCGGAACGUGCUGGAGGCCCUGUGGCGCAUCGCCCGCACCGAGGGCGUCUGGCGGCCCAUGCGCGGCCUCAACAUCACGGCCACCGGCGCCGGCCCGGCGCACGCGCUCUACUUCGCCUGCUACGAAAAGUUAAAAAAGACGCUGAGCGACGUUAUCCACGCGGGGGGCAAUAGCCAUGUGGCCAACGGUGCAGCCGGGUGUGUAGCAACAUUGCUCCACGAUGCAGCCAUGAACCCUGCCGAAGUGGUCAAACAGAGGAUGCAGAUGUACAACUCGCCUUACCAGCGUGUGACGGACUGUGUGCGGGCUGUGUGGCACAACGAAGGGGCUGGAGCUUUCUACCGCAGCUACACCACCCAGCUCACCAUGAACAUCCCCUUCCAAGCCAUUCACUUCAUGACCUAUGAGUUCUUGCAAGAGCAGCUCAACCCCCACAGACAGUACAACCCAGGCUCCCACGUGGUCUCCGGAGCCUGCGCGGGGGCUGUCGCUGCUGCUGCCACGACGCCUUUGGACGUUUGCAAAACGCUGCUCAACACCCAGGAAUCCCUGGCCUUGAGCUCCAACAUCAGCGGACACAUCACAGGCAUGGCCAAUGCCUUCAGGACGGUGUACCAAGUGGGUGGCCUGACUGCCUACUUCCGAGGGGUCCAGGCGAGGGUCAUUUACCAGAUGCCCUCGACAGCGAUCGCCUGGUCCGUGUACGAGUUCUUCAAAUACAUUCUCACCAAGCGCCAGGAGGAGCGGUGGGCUGGGAAGUGAGCACAGCGCCGCUCUACACCUGCUGCACCUCCCCUCCCAGUUUGUCUCCUGACCCCUCUCCCUUUCGGUUUGGUUUGUGAUGAGGAGAGGAGGCAGUGGAGCCCUUCAGGGCUUAGCGAUGCCGUUUCAUGCCUGCGGGUGCUGCUGCUGCUGCUGUUGUGCUCAGGCUGCGGCUUUGCUCCAUCCUGGGGCCCUCCGGGGUGUCCCAUGGGGAGCUGCAGCCCAGGUCACAUCCCCUGGCACUUCGGUGGAGCUGUGCUCCUGACCUUCCCUUAGCCAAAACCUCCUCCCAUGCCAAGCUUGCCUGUCCUCAGAGGGGAAGGUUGAGUGUCCUGCCCUGCCUCUGGCAAGGCCAAGCUCAGCUUGCAGUCACCAGGGAGGGGGCAGCAGCGGUGGCACUGCCUGGGAUGCUGGGGGCUUAGUCUGGCUUUUGGCUGAAGCAAAGUAUAACCUUGCCGUUGUCUCGUAGCACGCACACGUGAUGCUGCCUGUGCCCCAGUGGUGGGGGGAGUGGGGGAGGAUGGCACUUGAGGAGGUGAGCCUCUAGAUUUCUUUUUGUUCCCACUCUUGACACCUCAAAUAAAAAACAGUUCUGCUCUGUC